CGCGAGGCAGUUUCUCUGAGGUCUCGUGAGCGUUGGGACGCUUUUCGCGCACUGUGUCUGUGAUCGAGAUUUCGGAGAGUGACUUACCUGUGAGGAAAAGGCGCUGGACAGGCUCUGCAGUCGGCGUGACAAUGUGGAAUUUGGUGUUGGCAAUUAGCACAUCGGUCACAUUUCUGGCCACAACACUGGCAGGCGAUCAUGUGGCAUUCCCCGAGUCCAGUGUCAACGUGAAGCGCCGCUCGAGCUACGACCCCGCCUUCGAUCUGCCGCUCUCGAUCGCCGACGACGGCAUGGAGAUUCCAGUCGAUCUUCUCCGCAAAAUGAGCACCGUGACAAACAUCUCACAAUUUGUGGACGAGUUCAUCGACAAGGAUUCUGUGGAUUCGCGCGAAAUUGCCGGACAUUUUGCCAGCGAGGAUGUGGAGAGAGGAUUGGCAAUCACGCCAAAGCCUGGACUGUGCACGCCAGAGAUGACUCUGGUGCCGCUGAUCCCCGUCAAUUCGGAGAACGAUCCCUCAGUCGUGUACUAUCCGCAGUGCACGCGCGUGAAGCGCUGCGGCGGCUGCUGCUCGCAUCGGCUGCUAAGCUGUCAGCCCACCGAGACGGAGACGCUCACGUUCACUAUCAUCAAGUCGCAGUACACGGGCGGAACGCGCAUGCAGCUCGUGGAGCGAGUGCCGAUCAUUGUGGAGCAGCACACGAAGUGCCGCUGCAAUUGCGCCGUCAAGGAGGAGCACUGCAAUCGCUUCCAGCGCUACGAGAGCUCCCAGUGCAAAUGUGUCUGCACGAACUUGGAGGACCAGAGCAAGUGUCUGAAGGAGAGUGAGCUGAAGAUCUGGGACAGCAGCACGUGCAACUGUCGCUGUCGCGAAUCGAAGGGUUGCACAACGGGCACGUUCUUCGACGAGAACCAAUGCAAAUGCAUUCCGAAUGAUUUUUACACAAUUGGGAAUAGAAAGUAGAAUAAGCAUAGAUUCACUAGCCUUUAACUCCCAGUACUGCGUCCCAGCGACCAGACCAUCCUAGACAGGAAGAAGUACAUCAUCAAGGCGCGUCCCGUGACACCCGGAGAAGAUAGCAGAUACCAUACAGUGACGCCUGAGUAUCCGGCGAGCUCGCCAUGGCCACCCAAUAAAUACUACUAAUGCA